AUGUCCUAUUUACGACGAAAGCCUGAAGAUGAAGUUUGGUUUGUUCAUGCGCCUUUGAAAAAGGGCAACCGGGAAUUGGUAACUGCACCUCCGCCAUCACAAAUUCCAUACCUCAAUGGCGUAUUCGAUGAUGAAACAACUAUCAAUCAACCGCGAGUCAUGUAUGUGCGAGAUACAGACACUGAUUACAUUCGACGAUGUAAAUUAGGUAUCAGCCACAAUUUAUUGCAACAUGUUGAUCCAGCAACACGUAAAAGUAAAGAACCAGUUGCAUAUCCAACGCCAGUCUGGUGGGAUGGAUUAUGUGAACAUAGCUCAACGAAAAGUGAAGAUGAUCCAAAUAAACCAAAGCAUGUUUUUGGUGCUCCAGCUUGGUUUGUCCAUCGCGAACAUAAACCAUCACCACCACCAAAAUAA